AGAGAGAAAGAUAGAAAGAGGGAAAAAAAAAAUAAGGGAGAGAUCGAGUUUUUGAAUCUCAAAUUUGAAGAAACCUCCCCAAACGUGCUCAUGGUUUCGUACUACCACCACCUCCAACUCCAACAACACCUGCAGGCUUUUCCACGGCCGUCUUCAUCAUCACUCUUCCCUCUAUUAUUAUUAUUAUUAUUUCUCUUUGAACUCCAGUCUCCACUCCACCGACGCGCUCUCGCAAUAAUGACUCCAUUAUUGCUAUGCAUUAGCUUUCAAAUCUUGCAUUAUUUCUUAAUUAAAUAAAUAAAUGAUUCAUUCAUUUCAUUCAUUCACUCUCCACCACGCAGCACUGUUUUCUCAGCUCUGCUCCCACUGCUACUGCAACUACUGCUCUGAUGCUACUGUCACAAAACUUUUCUUCUGGCUCGCAAUUAUCCCCCACAAAGUCAGAAACCCUAUUUUCUUUUUUAUCUUCUUUUUUGGGAUUUCGCAUUCAUACCUAACCAUUUUUUACUCCGUUUAUUUCUUCUCACCUACUCUUUAUUGCUACUGCCACUCCCACUAUUACUAAUUUACUAUUCACCGCUAUUGGAGGAGUUUUAGUGCUUUCUUCUGCUACUACCACUGUCACUGCUUCUACUUCUUCUGCUUUGUUGUGUGAAAGUUCGUCGCUGUUGCCGGCGGCUUGGGGGAGGGGGAGAAGUGAUGGCCGGUUCUUCGUCGAUGCCGUCGCUGCCGCCGCCGUGUCCGAAGUCGCCGCCGGAUUAUCCGGAUUUGUACGGGAAGCGCCGUGGGGCGGCCAAGGUUCAGAUGCUUGAAAGAGAGAUUGGCUUCCUCGAGGAGGAAUUAAAAUCCAUUGAAGGCCUUCAACAUGCUUCUAGAUGCUGUAAAGAGGUUGUUGACUUUGUGGUGGCAAACUCGGAUCCUAUAAUUCCCACAAAUUCAAAGAGCCGCAAGUCUUGUCGUUUCUGGAAGUGGCUCUGUGGAUGGUCCUGUUUCAAUUUCUCAUGGAUAUGCUGUUGUCCCCGGUGCUCUCUCCAUCUACAAAUGCCAGACUGCUGCGACUGCAAUUGCAAUCCAUGUAACUGCUGCGACUGCAAUUGCAAUCCUUGUAACUGCUGCGACUGCAAUCUAUGUAACUGCUGCGACUGCAAUUUAUGUAACUGCUGUUCAUGUUUCAGUCGUUGUUGUUCAUCUAUCGGCCGUUCCUGUUUCAGCUGUUGUUCAUCUAUCAGCCGUUCUUGUUUCAGCUGUUCAUGUCUCAGCUGUCCAUGUUUCAGUCGUAAAUGCUUCAGCUGUUCAUGUUUCAGCUCUUCAUGUUUUAGCUGUUUACGACCCAAAUGGCGCUGUUGCCGUUGUUCACUACCAAAAUCUGCUGGAGAUGCUGCUCUUGUCCUAAAUGUCCAAAGGUACGCCUUUGUCCUAGUUGUAAAAAACCCAGUUGCAACCCUUUCUGCCUAUGUUACUAGAAUUUUUCCGCAAUUCCAUAUGGAUGCAUUGUUCUUCAACAUGCAAUUAUUUCUACUGCAGUUCAGUUUAUUUUUGAGAUUUUUAUGGGUUAUGAACUCCUUUUAAGUUUCUUGAUUGCAUGCUCUGAGCCCUUGGGUAGAUCUAUGAAAUAAAUAAUUGUGUCAUGCACGUUCUGCACUCUGGUUAUUAGUACUGUAUGGGUUGCGCAAUUUCACAUGUAGGGGAUUUUCCAA